CGAAAGCGACCGCUCGGAGCGCUGCGCGGAGGACGCCGGAGGAGUUGUCCAGGCGAGCUGAACGCAGCGCGGACCCCUUCCCCCCUUCUACCGCCACGUGCACCACCUCCUCCGCGGCGGCGAAGAGCCCUCGACCACAGAAGCCCGCCGACGCCCGCCCGGAGUGGACGCCGCCAUGGGACUCCUAGACGUCAGCUUCGACGCCGAGUGGCUGAUGCAGUGGCUGCGGGCGCCCGCCCGCCAGAAGCCGCCGUCCAGCCUGCCGGGACUCAGGUACCCGUCGCGGCGGGACGAGCCCGUCAAGUCCAGCGCGCUGUGGCUCCAGGGCAAGCGGGAGGACGACGGCGCCGAGGGGCUGUGGCGGGUGCACGACGACCUCUACGACCUGUCCGGCUGGCUGGACCAGCACCCGGGGGGCGCCGACUGGCUGCAGCUCACCAAGGGCACGGACAUCACCGAAGCGUUUGAGGCCUACCACAUCUCCCAGCUCCCGGAGCAGAUCCUGGGGAGCUACCGAGUCCGCGACGCAGUCACCAAGAGGAAUUCGCCCUACACGUUUAAGGAGGACGGCUUCUACCGCACUCUGAAGCGACGCGUGCGCCGGGAGCUGGGGGACCAGCGCUCCGGCCCCACGGCGGAGUCCAAGCUGUGCGCAGACGCCCUCCUGGCCGCGACGCUCGCCUCGGCGUCCUUCGCCGCCGCCGCCCCCAGCCUGGCGGCGGGCGCCGCCUCCGGCCUGCUGCUGGCGCUCACCGUCAUCGCCGCCCACAACUUCUUCCACCAGCGCGACAACUUCCGCAUGCACUACUUCAACCUCAGCUUCAUGUCCGCCAGGGACUGGAGAGUGAGCCACGGCCUUAGUCACCACAUAUACACCAACACCGUGCUCGACCUCGAGAUGUCAAUCACGGAGCCGUUCCUGCAGUGGCUGCCGGAACCAUCCAAGGGCUGGAUCGCCCGCUACCUGUCGUGGCUGUACAGCCCGUUCGUCUACAGCGCCAUAUUCCACUCGCAGCUGCUCGUCAGGGUGUAUCUGUUCCUGCGCGGCGAGAAGAAGAUGUUCGGGGCUCAGGACCUGUUCUCCGUGCUGGUCCCGGGCGCGAUGCUGCUCGCGGGCUCCAGCCUCGCGGGCGCGCUCUGGAUGUGGCUCUGGAUCCUGCUGGUGGGCAGCUUCUUCUUCGGCCUCAUCGGCCUCAACGCCGGCCACCACCACCCGGACAUGUUCCACGACGGCGACGCUCCCAGGGAGGACACCGACUGGGGGCUGUGCCAGCUGGACGCGGUGGGCGAGCGCCGGGAGGUGAACACCUGCACGCUGUUCGCCCUCGUCAGCUUCGGCCACCACUCGCUGCACCACCUGUUCCCGAGCCUGGACCACGGCCGCCUGCAGCGGCUCUACCCGGCGCUGGAGGCCACGUGCCGCGAGUUCGGCGCCGCCUGCCAGGUCAGCUCGCUGUGGGGGAUGCUGAGGGGCCAGUUCCUGCAGCUCGCCAGGAACAAGCCCAACAGGCGGCCCAGGUGGCGGCGCGCCGGCCUCGCCGAGUGAGGCGGUGUCGUCUCUUCGUGCAUGUCAUCUAUGGCGGCGUUCCUUGAGUGCUUUCAAGAAUCUGCACAGCUGGGCGCCUCUUCGUGCAUGUCAUCUAUGGCGGCGUUCCUUGAGUGCUUUCAAGAAUCUGCACAGCUGGUUUCGUACCGAACAGUUAUUCUGAAAACAUGCUUUUUUGACGUGACAACGUCUAAUAAAUCGAUGAACGCCGGCUGCACGCAGAAAAAGGAUGACUCAUUGUCCCGUUACGCUCAUUGUACGCUUGCGCCGCAUCUAUCGCUCUUCCACUCGAUUGGAACAACCAUCGAUUUGACUUUUUCGAGGCACGUUAAACUUGAAACACUCCCAUUCGUUUCCCACUUUUCCUAUCAUCGUCCUAUCCUUAACAGAAUAACACAGAUUGGAAGAAGUUAAAUAGCAAACAUGUAUAAAAGUUAUAGUUAAAAUAAUCUGUUCGUUAAAGUAAUAAACAUAUUUGAAUUAAUGAGUGCAAAUAAAAGUAAGUUUAUCAAUUAAAUUGUAGAUUUCAUUUCACUCCUUCUUUGUAUUCAUACAGAAUAGUGAUAAUUCAAUAAAAAUGAUUAAAUUUUAUUCAUAAAAGUAUGCAAUCAUUUCAUCAAUGUUUUGUUAUUACGUUGUCACGUUAAACUAUCGUCCGUAAACCGACUUUACCGAUAAACGAUUUUUUUCGCCAUUAUCAUUCUUAUAAAAAAAAUAACAUUUACAAACAAAAUACAUAAAAUGAACUAUUCAUUACCCACAGCGUAUUAUUAAAUACUCCACAUAAACAGACGCCACUCUGAUAUCUUAGCAGUUUUCAAAUCGCAUUUUUUUUUUUUUUAAGUUCUGCACAUCGUAUGUGUGCACAGGUAGGUGGGGCACUUAAUUAUCUCGUUUUGUGCAUUGCAAAUUCAAGCUAAGAUGUUAAUCGUACUCUAUUCCGAGUAUGAUAACAUUGAUAACCCUUCGUAGCGGCACAGUGGUGAAAUCCGUGGUGUUCCUGAGGUUUUCAUGACAGAAUGAGUCUUUAGUUAUUUUUCGUUGUCUUCUGAAAGAGAUAACAAAACAUUUUACCAGCGAGAUAAUAAUCGCGUUUUCGCUCAAAUAACUUUUAAUGUUGUGACUGCUGAAGAAACAUUUUUUUAUUGUUAACAAAGCUGUGUAGGAGGUGCUCGAAUUAUUAUAUGAAGGAAGGACGAAACUCUUUCCGAAAUUUUUAUAUCUUAAAAAAAAAUUCUUGAAACAAUGUUGUCAUGUUCCAAUGCUUUGCAAUGUUACUAGGUAAAAUUAGUUCAAUAUCUAAGUUCAGUGUUCUUUUAUAAGUUAUCUACAAUUUCACUCUUUGUUUAAAAUAAAUAAAUAAAUUGUAUGUUUAUUCAGUAGUUUCAAACAUUUGUAUAAAUUUACACAGAGGCUUUUUGUUUUGUCUGGCGCAAAGACAAAAUAUAAAUUAUAUACAUUUUCUUAUACAAACUUAUACAUUGUACAAAAAUGUAUUGUAUGAAGGUUAGUUUUUUUAGAGGUUAAAAUUGUAUUUGUAAAUAUUUUUUAUGUUUAAAAUGUAUUUAAUAAAUUGUUAUUGUUUA